AUGUCUUCUCUCCAAACUUCCAAUCUAUUCAAGCCACUUACUGUUUCAUCCUCAAUUGUAUUAAAACACAGACUUGUUCACGCUCCCACAACGAGAUUCAGAGCCACAAAGGAUCAUAUUCCAUCCAAUUUACAAUUAAAAUACUAUGAUGACAGAUCGAAAACUCCGGGCUCAUUAAUUAUCACAGAAGCAACUUUUAUCUCUCCUGCCGCUGGUGGUUAUUUUCAUGCUCCUGGUAUCUGGUCUGAUAAGCAAGUUAAAGGGUGGAGAAAAAUCGCUGACAAAGUCCAUGAAAAUGGCUCGUUUCUUGCGCUACAACUAUGGGCUUUGGGGAGACAAGCCGAACCUGAUAUCUUAGCUGCUGAGAAGCAAAAAUUUGUCUCCUCAACUGACGAUAUUUAUCUUAGUACUCGUUCCAAAAAAGCUGCUAUUAAAAAUAAUAUACCAUUGAAGGCAUUAACUGUACCUGAGAUUAAACAAUGGACUCAAGAUUAUGCCACAGCUGCUAAAAAUGCUAUCAGUGCUGGUGCUGAUAUUGUUGAGCUUCAUGGAGCUAAUGGUUAUCUUAUUGACCAAUUUUUGCAAGAAUGUACCAACAAGAGAAGCGAUGAAUAUGGUGGCUCAAUUGAAAAUAGAGCCAAGUUUUUAUUAGAGAUCAUCGACUCAAUUAUUGAAAAAAUUGGCGAUGCCAAAAAAGUAGCUAUUAGAUUGUCUCCAUGGUCUGAGUUUGGUGGAAUGGCUGGUAUCACAGAAGAUCCAAAUACACUUGAAACGUUCAAAUAUGUCUUUUCAGAAUUUCAAAAGAGAGCUGAUAAUGGUAAAAGUCUAGCUUACAUUUCUAUCGUUGAGCCAAGUGUCAAUGGUCAUGAUGAUGUAGUUGAUUCUGAUAGCAAUUCUAAAUCUAACAACAUUUUUCUUGAUAUCUGGAAGGGUACUGUUAUUAGAGCAGGUGGUUAUCUCUCUGAUCCAGCACACAAAAGUUUGCUCAAUGAUGUUAACAGCAAUGAUAGAACUCUCAUAGCUGCUGGCAGAUACUUUCUUUCGAAUCCUGAUUUGGUUGAUAGAUUAAGAAACAAAUGGCCGUUGACUAAAUAUGAUAGAUCAACUUUUUACGCUUUUGCCUCAAAUAAUGGUUAUAACGUUUGGCCAACUUAUAAUCAAAAAAUUGAUAUCAAUGAAAUUAAAGACCAAACCUCAGUCGCAUUAGCUUAA